AUGUAUGACAACAUAUCUGAUUUCACAAGAUAUGAUGACGACCAUGACCCCGAACACGGUGAAGAAGAAGUUUUACAAACAUCCAUUAAGACAGGAAAGGUUUUAACACAAAGUCUCAUUAUUGACACCAAAGAUGGCGAAGUGGACGUUCUUCAAGAGCUGAAGAAAAAUACUUCUUCGGGAGGUGGUGGUAGGCAUGAACUUGAAAUAAAUGAGAUAGAAGAGAAAUUAGCCGAAAAAGCAGAUAAAGAACAUAAACACAAUAUCUCCGAUAUAAAUGAACUUCAAGCUACAUUAAAUAGUAAAGCGGACAAAAAUGAACUUGACGCAAUGAACAAAGUUUUGAAAUCUCAUAAACACAACAUCUCCGAUAUAAAUGAACUUCAAGCUACAUUAAAUAGUAAAGCGGACAAGAACCAUGUUCAUUAUAUAACUUCAGACGAACAGAUUAUAACGGACUACCAUGGAUAUUUAACACGAAGUGAUGAAGCGAAGACAAAAAAUGUUAAUGAAAGAAGAUAUAAAUACAUUCGUGCUAAAGGUUAUGACAUAAGCUGUACUGUACAGUAUGAUGUAGCUAAAGCACCAGAAGCAUUUGGUUAUACCGGUGAAAUUUAUGCCUCUACUUUCAAUGUUAACGGUGUAUUAGUUGAACCAAGAUUUACUUUGAGAGUUAAGGCAAAAAUAACGUUUGAAGAUGCUAUUAAAAGUAAAGCUGACAAAGUUGAACUCGAAGCAACGAACAAAGUUUUGAAAUCUCAUAAACACAACAUCUCCGAUAUAAAUGAACUUCAAGCUACAUUAGACAGUAAAGCUGACAAGAACCAUACACAUAAAUCCUUCACUACUGUUAGA